AGUCCUUGCGCCUGCACAGCAGGCAGUGAAACCACUGAGCUAAAUCCCCAGGCCUCAACUGGCCUUUAUAAUUUAGAACACUUCUCUAAAAAGGGGAGGAAAAAAAGCAAAGAGGGUAAAAUGCAAUGCUAAUAGUGUUAGAAAAACGUAGAAGCUGGGUACAGUGGCACACACCUGUGGUCAGUUACUCAGGAUGGAGUGUCCCAAGUUCAAGGCCAGCCUGGGCAACUUUUCAAGACCCUAUCCCAAAAUUUUAAAAAAGUAAGGGCUAGGUUGUAACUUAGUGGCAGAGUGCUUGCUUGCCUGGCAUUAUCACAGCCCUGGGUUUAAUCCCCAGUACCACAGAUAAAAGAAAAAUUGCUAGAAGAUGGCAAAGGACAACUUUGAUUUGAGAGUGACAAAAUGAGUCCAGCAAGGACCACAUGGCAGAGAAGGAAGCAGAACGACAUAAAAGAAAAAAAAAAAUCACUAAAAUCCUCACAUAAUUUUGAGGUGAACAUACGUAAUAGUCUUUGGGCAUCUGUCAACUUACAGUCUUAUAUUUGAGAGAAAAGGAAUUAUUUUACCUUGAAUUAUAAGUAUGUUAUUUUAUUAAUCAAAAUAGCUAACAUUAAGUUCUUGCUGUGACAGGCUCAAUGCUAAAUGCAUUUUAUCCUCACAGCAACACUUUGUUUUGUUUUGUUUGUUUGUUUUUUGAGACAGGGUCUCCCUAUGUAGUUCAGACUGGCCUUGAACUCAGUGUGUAGCCCAGGCUGGCCUCGAACUUGGAGCAGCAAUCCUCCUGCCUCAGCCUCCUGAGUGCUGGGACUACAGGUGUGCACCACCAUACCCAGCCUACAGCAACACUUUGAUAUAGAUGCUACUGUUAAUCUUCGAGUACAGAUUAGAAACUAAGUCUUUAAGAAAGCUGGGUCUGGUCUGGAGUUUUCUUGCAGAGCAUAAAUUAUUAGGAAACAUUAAAAAUGUAGCUAAGACAGCUAAUAAGGAUCACUUGGUUAUGGCCUAUAACCAUCUUUUUGAAACUAAGCGUUUCAAAGGUACUGAAAGUGUAAGCAAAGUGACUGAGCAAGUGAAAAAUGUGAAGCUUAAUGAAGAAAAGCCCAAGGAAACCAAGACUGAAGAGACUCUGGAUGAGGGUCCACCAAAAUACACAAAAUCUAUUCUGAAAAAGGGAGAUAAAACCAACUUUCCCAAAAAGGGAGAUGUUGUUCACUGCUGGUACACAGGAACGCUACAGGAUGGGACAGUUUUUGAUACUAAUAUUCAAACAAGUUCAAAGAAGAAGAAAAAUGCCAAGCCUUUAAGUUUUAAGGUUGGAGUGGGCAAAGUUAUCAGAGGAUGGGAUGAAGCACUCUUGACUAUGAGUAAAGGUGAAAAAGCUCGACUAGAGAUUGAACCAGAAUGGGCCUAUGGAAAGAAAGGACAGCCUGAUGCCAAAAUUCCACCAAAUGCAAAACUCGUUUUUGAAGUAGAAUUAGUGGAUAUUGAUUGAAACAGUAUUUCAGAUCUGAAGACAUCAGAAAGUGAUUAAAACUUGGCCUUGAAACUUAGGUAUCAUCAACUGGAAAAUUCAGAAUUAAGUUAAAUUUACUUGAUCCCAAUUUUUGAGAAAUGUAACCCCUUAUAAGUCCCUGAAGUCUAAAAUAUUUUACUAUAGCUGUGUGAAAUACUGGUUAAGGAGAACUGUAUUUCUUUUUACCUCAUGUUGUAAAACUGAAAAGUUCAAUUAAAAAAAUAUCCACUGUCUUGA